AUGAAACUGAAUCAUGUCGCCAACACUUACAGUUGCUUCCUCUUCAUUUUAUGUCCUUUUCUUUUCGCAUACAGUGUGGCCGAGUUAACAAAUUUCAAGAAUUCUUGCUCGGAUGGAUAUUUUUUGUUUGGUAAUCCGGUGCCUUUUCGUCGCCAUCAAUUAAACUCUUCAUCAAACAUAUCUUACGAAGUUGAAAGCGAAGAGGAAUGUCUUUUAGGAUGUAUCAAUACUUCAAACUGCCAGUCUGUGAAUUUCAAGAUAGCCGCUGGGAAUGAUGGAAGGUUUCUCUGUUAUUUACUAGACACUGAUAAGUUUACCUUCCCGCAAUUAUUCAAUGUGAGCGAAGAUUUUCACCAUUACAGCUUCACGGUGAGAUCUUUUAUAAACAAUAUCGUUCUAUUAUUGGAAACCAAGGGCACAUUGUCAUCGCAAAAAUACUUUUGAAAUUAUCGGAAGGAUGAAGGUCAAAUUAUCGAAUUUCUGGUUUAUGAAUGACUAAAUUAUGAUAAGUAUAUUCUAGAAUUGGUAUAUAUAAUUUCUUUCUUCCAUCACCACGUUACGUUAUUUGUGAUAAACAAUCGAGGAGCCACACUGACGUUGUAUUAAUAUACUUUAGGUGUAUGCAUAGACAAAACCAAUUUGUUUUAUGUUUUUAACCUGACUACUUCAAUUUCUUGAAAUGAAAACUGAUUAAGGCGUUUUUAGUUUAGAAGUAAAGCUCCAUUAUUUGUCUUGUUUUCAGUUUCUGUAUUGAUCGCAAUUUCUGAAGCCAUGACCACUGUCAAUCCGUCAGUUUUUAUCGCAGUGGCUAAAAAAGGAUUCUUAGGCAAAGGCUAAUAACACGCGAUCGGUUGUUUUUGAUUCAUUUAUAUUUUUUUCGGACAAAAUUCUGAUGCCGUUUUCUUUUAAGAGGGUCUCAACGGGGUACACCGUUGGCACGAAACAGCUGAAUUAUCGUAUUCUUGAGUCAAGGAUAAAUUUAACCCUAGAGAUCUCACCCAUCUUCAAUGUGUCAUUUUGGGUGACCAUUAGCUAUAAAUGGUCAAAAAAAAACUGUCAGCCGUAACAGCCAUUACUCCAUUGAAACCCUCCUAUCAACUGCUUUUCUCCUUUUCACAUUUAUCAGCCUAAAUGCGUUUUCAAUUUUAUUCACAUUUUUUGCAGUAAUUUUGAAAAAUUAUUUUAAAACAAAAUUCUUCUGGUCUUGUUGUCUCUCACCAGUCCCCUUGCCAGAACGAUCCAUGUUUGAACGGAGGGACCUGUCACUCAGUGAGAGGCCAGUAUGACUUCAAAUGCACCUGCCCGCCGGGUCUACAAGGAAAACUUUGCAACAUCUGUAAGUAAGCAUUUGAAAAAUUAUCUUCACUUAACUUGCCGCAAUAGAUCAAAGUUAUGUCCCAGUGAAAUACUAUUAGAAAUACAAUCUAAGAGCACAGUUUGACGGUUUAAAACGGAAAAGAUGUAAAAUAGCAGAGGCUUAAUCGAAGGUCAAAAACCACUAUCUUAUACGAACUGGUCAGAUGGUAUAACCCGUUUUGCGUCAUUCUUUUGACACUUUGUCACUAUUUACGCCAAAAGAACCAAAGAUCGUAACUUUCAAAGUCGCAAAUUGAUCAACUAAAAUCAAGCAAUGGCUGCAAGAAAUAAAAUUGUUGUUGCCUGAAAAAAAACUCACACAGAUGAAGUAGUGACUUCCGACGCCGCUACCACAAUUUUUCCCGUCAAAACUAUUUUCUCUCUCGUUUCUUUCCUUAUGCAAAAAAAAUAAAAAAUAAAAAAAGCGGAAAAGGAUGUUCUGUGCAAUAUCUCCACAUAUUCUAAGCCAGAUGUCUUUCUUGCUUAACUUUAGGCCAUAAAACGUAACGGCGUGCCAUAUGACCGCUAAACACAUGUCGCAAAAUUGACUAAUUUCUCUGUAAAUUUGGUCGUCACGACCUAUUUUUCUAAUCGCCGGAAGCACGGAUGAAGGAGACUUCCUAACGGCAAUUAUAUCAGCCUAAAACACUUUAAUUUUAUUCUCUGGUGAUGUAUUCAGGAUCACACCCCUACUUUCAUUUAUAAAUUUGCUUGUGGCGUUUGCAUGCACCGUACUGUCAUUGAAUUCUAUUUCAUAGCAUAUCAAAGCUGUAUCGAAUUACUCAAAGCUGGAUAUAUUCUGAGUGGAGCUUACGUCAUCAAGCCCAGCCAGUCAGAAGGGUUGAUAAAUGUCUACUGUGACCAGUUCAGUAGAGGAGGAGGUAAUGAAUUCAAUAUUAUUUAUAUAGAGAAAUUUUCAAUUGAGUGUCGAAAGCAGUGUGGGAUUACAGUUGUUUUGCUUUUCUUCGCUCUGUAAUUGGUCCGGAAACUUGCACCACUCUCUGAACCAAUCAAGUGCAAAACUAAAUCCAAUCAUGACUUUGCGUUUUCCAGCACCUUUCCACAGUUUAGUUGUUUUUAACUUGGGUUCUCAUUGGCUCCUAAUGAUAUUUUCCUUUUCUUUCUGAUUGGCUGCAGUGAUAACUUUGGUUUGGUUUUACGACACACGAUCGAAAUGCGUUCACUUACCUAAACGUCUGCCAUCUUAAACGUGGACUUUUGAGGCCCUACUCGCGCUAAUGAGUUUUCAUUCAAAAAUACUUUAAGGUGUGAUGGGGUGGUAUUCCUGAGACGAAAGCUUCAUAACGUGAUGCGCAUCUAUUCGACCUUAUUGACAGAAAACGUUACAAUCCACACAGGAAAUGGCUUCAUCGUGAGACAAACUGUCGAAAACGUGAAAAAGCUGUACCACGUUUCCUUAUAAAGUCACGAUUUAUUCGCUUGAUUCAACAAUUUUGCCCCUAUGCUUCGGUUGACUCCUACUCACAACUGUCGGCUUAUUCGAAGGAAACACACUGAAGGUCCCAUUGUAAGCACAUGGAAAAGUACCAUACAUGGGACGAUAAAACACGUGCCGCAUACAUGUUUGCCAAGUUAUGUAUAAAUAAACGAAAUCCCUUAUAAAUGUCAAUAAAAUUGAGAAUAAUUAACGUAUCGUACAGCUUCUAACAAAACGAUAAUACUUAAUAUACAACUGCAUUAACAGCGAUCACUUAUCGUAACCUUUUUUACCUUAUUUACCUCUUGUCGAUGACAAACCAUCCUCUAUCUUACAGGUUGGACGAUGGUUUUUAAACUGGUGUCCGGCGUUUCCACUAUUCCUCACCAGCUAUGGACAUCGUCGAGUGUUUUGAACGAAGACAAACCAGAAGCACUGACCACCAAUUCAGAUUUCAAAGCUCAUUACAAGAACCGCAUGGUGACGAACUGGCAGACUGUGAACCCUACCGAGGUAGACUUGUAGUUUAAUGAUAAUUAUUGUUAAGUUAAAUUAAAGGCUCGGAGUAGCGUCAUAGUUAUGAAUGAAAUUCUCGUUGCAGAGAUGAGGUAAUCUUCACAGAUGUUUUAGGCUUUCAUGUCUUUUGAAAUGAUGUUAGUCAUGGGACAGUGGCGAGGGGAAAUCAAGCAUCGUUGUCACUGAAAGGUCGAGUCUGCAAACAAGAACAACUGGUGCAGCUUCCACUCCAGUUCAGCUUUAGUAUAACGCAACUUGAAUUAUCCUUACUACUCUCCCAUAGAUAUGACUACAUUACACGGACCUCUGGGAGCGAGGCACUUUCUCCGAAGAGGUCUACGUGGUUAAUUCUCCAAUUUCGUGGGAUGUUCCUUCAUGUUUUGUUUUCUUUACGGAUUCAUUUCCUUUUUUCUCGCUUCCAGGCACGAGUGGCGCUGUACACAGAAGGGAAAGAAGAUCUUUCUAUUGUCUUUAAUUCUACAAGCUCUAACAACGUCAAUUGGUUCUCAGAAACUCGCGUCACUGACUCUCCCUGGACAGAUCUCAAUACUGAACCGCUUCUUUACUUCUCAAUCGAAGGCUGCUGUACUAAAAGAGACUUCUAUAUCGUUAGGAAUCAUGGAGGCUGUUCUGAAGAUGCAGGUUGGCUCGCCACAGCUUCCGCAAAUUGUGACUGGGAGGGAAAAUAUCCGGAAUCAACCACAUUGUACAGUAAACUGACGACCUAUACUUCCUUCAAACGCACAGGUAAGGGAAAACGAAGGAAGCUGGUAACUGUCAAUUUACCGCUUGAAAACAUCCACUUUGAAAUCCCUGGUGACCCUUGCAAUCUUAGCGGCUCUCACAGGUGCAGUUGAUUCACGAAGCACACAAUUUUUACUCUAAAUCAGUCGCAUCUUUUUCCCAACCAAUGAGAAAGAUUUGCUUAAAAACAACAACCACCCAGAUUUCGAGCCUUGUUUAAGGUAACCAAUCAAAUUACUUGAAAAUGAAAGAAAACUUUCUGAAAUCACGCGUAUAAUUUCAGGCCUUCGCUUUGACGAAGGGCUGACACUCGAAACGUCAGCUUUAAGGACUCUUUACGGUGGCCAAUUUAAAUUAUCAAAUCAAUUGAUAAAAAAAAGUUAUCUUGCACCUCACUCAAGUAAAUUACGGACACUUUCGAAGGGGAUUCAAAAAUUUUCAAGAUUGAAAAAGUUUUGAAAAAAGCAACAUUUUGAGUAUGUUUUGGGCUUGUGUUUCAGCUUAUAUUGGAGUAGUGUGGUAAUUAAAAGUGAUUUCUAAUUUGUCUCUUCUCAGAAAACAUGGGCACCGCUGAUGUUAUGGUGGUAUAUAUUCGUUAA